ACGCAUGUGUAGUGUUGAAUGUGGUGUGGUCUAUUUUAUAAUUAUAAUUAAAUCUUUAAUUAUAUAUGAUAAAAUUUAAAAUUUAAUCUUUCUUUAGAGUCUCUUUUCCUUAUAUAAUUAGAACUGUUCCAUUCAUUGUGUGAAACUUCCGAUUUGCUACCAUUGUUGACAUAAACUUGAACUACGGUGAUUUCGUCAUCGUUUUAAAUGGUAACUGCAUGAUUGGUGUCACACUCUCAAGCUUUAUGAAAAGAACAGGAGUGUGAUCGCCAUCAAUUAAUGAAAUCAUUGAGACAACAUCUGGUCCAAAUUUGGUGAUAUUUUAGGUCUAAAGCAGGUCUUCUGUAACUAAGUUAUGAUCCCAAAUGAUGUUAAUGCAUUUUAAGGUUUCAGAGGUUUGACAGUGCAAGCGAUUAACAGGUGCUAAAAUUUUUAACAUUCUUGAUCAAAUUCAGAUAAUAUCAUGAGCUCGGAUGAUAAUGACCAUUUAAAUAUGUCAUCAAGGAAGCAGGAGUUAUCCUUAACUUUGACUCCAACACCUUUUAAAAGCAUGUUUCUUGAUGAAACACCUACACCCACACGAUUUCUAAAUGCAUUGGAAAAUGAAAUAUAUCAAGAACUGGGUAGUGACAAUCCAUUUGAUGCAACAUUUCGUAGAGCCAAUUCCCGUGGUGGAGCUCAUUCUUUGAAUAUACCUGAAUCAUCCUCUCUAAUUGCAAGUCUGCCUGAUUCUGAAGUUUUGAACACACCAUCAAUUACUUUGCCUGCUGAGCCAGAAACACCUCUUAUUUUGAAAAAAUGCUUCUCACAGAAGAAAGAUGAUGAAAGAAGUUGCCAAACAACAAAUGAAAAUACUACAGAUACUCUGCCUUUUUCACCAGAACAAAAAGAUCAUGCCGAUGUGACAACUCAGAAUGCAUCUGACACUGAUUUGUCUAUGGAGGAGUCAAAUUUUGCGACUCUUGAUCCAAACAGAUUUAUUAACAAAACAUCUGCGACUCUGAAAAUAAAUGCAGUGAAGACAACUGUUGUACAAACUCCUGUUAUAACAUCAACUGGAAAUUCCACAAUCAUGAAAUCAAAUGGUGCUGGUGUCCCCACGGCCGUUGUCGUUACCCGUCCAACAAAUAUCAUAAGAAAUCUGGCUCCUGCACAGCCUGUAGUUGCAGAGAAAACAAGUCAGGUGAAAGUUCCUGAACAACCACAAGCUGUUGUUCAAUCUGUUUGUGUUACACCUAUGGUGCAAGUAAUGAUAAGACUUCCUGAUGGGCAAACUAUGCCAGUUCAGUUCCCAGUUAUGGCUUCUGCUCCAGCUGUUGCAGUUCCUGCUCCUGUUACUACUGUUCCUGUUGCUACCUCUGUUCCUGUUACCUCUUCAAUCCCUACACAAAAUCCUGUUGUUUCUUCCAUUGUUGCUCCUGUCUCUCAAAUUAUACAGACAUCUGUUGCAUCAACAGAAUCUGAAGUUCCAACAUCAUCUACAGCUAAAUUGAAGUUGAAGCAUGUUCUUACAAUGAAUCAGAAGACAGGAAGUAAAAGAUCAUCUGGUACAAAAACACAACUUUUAUCUAAAGCUACCAAUGAGCCAUUAAUUCAUGAAACUUUAUUAGCUGAACUAGGCAUAACACCACCUUCAUCACCUACAGAAUUAAUGAAACUUGAUCAAGGGCGGAAACGUAGAGAACCAGUUGAUGAUCCUGAUGAAAAAAGGAGAAGAUCACUUGAAAGAAAUAGAGCUGCUGCAACCAGAUGUCGAGAAAAAAGGAAACAGUGGAUUAAUGCCUUAGAACGAAAGGCAGAUGAGUUAGCCACCACAAAUAGUCAUUUGCAGCAUGAAGUUGCACAACUGAGAACUGAAGUUGCUCAUUUGAAAAGUAUGUUACUUGCUCAUAAAGACUGUCCUGUUACGCUCCAACAAAGAAUGAAUUACGAAUCAGAAAAAGAUGCAUAUACAACUGUUCAUAUUAUCAACACAUCACCCGAGGAUUUACAAAGAGUGCCAAACAGCUCUGUGGUUUCACCUCUAAAUACUUCCGAAUACAUGGAAGUCGACAUCAAUUCUGUCCAGAGUACCAGUGAUUCAUCAUUGACAUCAGACAUGAGCGAGGCUUCUUUCAAGGAGCGGUAGCAGCAUUAGUCUCAUUUUUUUAAAGCUCUCCUCUAACAUAUCUCUUCCUGAUACACUUCAAUCUAUACAAUCUCAUUCAUUUUAAAUGAGUGAAUGUAUUCUCUCAUAAAUUCAUUGUAUUGUUUCAUAUUUUAUUGGUUAUUAGUGUGAAUGAAUUUGGAGGAAAGGGUAAUUUUCAUUAAAUAGGCUGCUGUCAAAGAAUGAACACAAGUUCUAAUACAGAAAUUUUCAAGCUAACUAUUAUCAACAAAAUUAUUGCUUUAUAGCAUUAUUUGAUAGUUCAUUUUAUUGUCCUGCUUUUAAAGUAAUUCUCCUUAUAACAGAAAAAAAAUGUGAGAUAUUUGAUUCUUGAAAAUAAUUCAUAUGCAGAAUAUUGAAAUUUUUUUCUUAGAAAAUUAUAAUUAUGGUAAAAAAAGAAAACUUCAUGUGCAGUGAAUGUUUAAUUAACAGUGCUCACAAAAUUUUGUUUUUAAAUUUAUGUGGCAUUUUGAUUUAAGUCGCAUAUUAUUAAAUUCCCCAAAGAAAGUUGGCAACUUUCCUUUCUUAAAUAAACUAUUAAAGAAUAAUAGUUUAUUUCCUAAUGCAAUAUUUUUUCAUAAAAAUUUGUUUUCAGAAAGUGAUAUGAAUAAAAAAAUAUAAGAGGCUUUUUGUUAUUGCAUUAACUAAUAUUUCAAUUUUAUUUGAAAUGGAUGCAGGUUCAUUCUUUUUGAUGAAAGUUUGAAAUUGUGCAAGAAAACAAUUAUUUCUUCAUGUGCCUACAUUUUUAAAAAUUAAAAAGAAUUGGAACACUUAAUUGACGAGAAAAUUAUGUAAACAGAAAUAGUGUUAUAAUAUUAUCACUAAUAACUUCUGAUAAUUUUAUAAUAUAAUUAAUUAUAAAACUUAUAAUUAAACUGCUCAUGCUUUGGAAAUGCUGCAUCAAAAUCAGAUAUUAAAGAAUAGCUGACAUAUUCUUUACAUGUUGCCAUGUAUAAACUGCCUUUACAUUUUUAAAUCAAUAAAAUGAGAAAUUUCAGUUAUAUAUAUGUUGAAUAUAUAAAAAUAUAUUCAACAUGCUCUUCUCUAUAGGAUUAUUCCUAUUUUGAAAUUGUUCUUGCCAUUGGUUUUAUUAUAUUAUAGUGAGCAACAGAAUUAUCUCUCUGAUCAUCUUUCUUUUACGAAAAUAUUAUUUCAUGAGACAUAUGUCAGUUUAAUCUUGAAUUAUAUAUUUUUAAAUGAAUUACUUAUAAGAAACUGAAUGAAAGAAAUUCCUGAAUAUUCUAAAUAUUGCAUUCUGCAUCUUAUAGAUGUAUUAUGAAUAGGCAGAUUACAAAGGUUUGAAAAUUUUUGCUCAGCAUUGUUUUUUAAAGGUACAAACAAUCUUACCACAACUUACAUCUGUAUAAUAAGUAAAAUGUUUAUACUUAAUUGCUUUAUUGUUAUUAUUUUCAAGUUAUUUUAAUUAAAACCUAUGUCCAGUAUUUUAUGUUGUCUCUCAAAGUGCAAAUGGCGACAUUUUAAAAAUUCCAUUUGUUUGAAAUUAUUUGCCAAUACCCCUUCAUAUAUAACGUUUCUCGCCUUUUGGCUAAUAUCAAAGUAUAGUAUCCCUUCAUAUCGCCAACAGGUGCCAAGUUGCUUCAAUAAUUCAAUGUAUAUUUACCUAAGUGCCCAUCUCGUCUUUCACCUCUGGCAAUUUGAAGAAGUAUCACAGAGUGGAUAUCAAACUAAUGAAAUUUUUUAUAUAUGACUUUCUGCACUUUGAAUGAUGGUAUUAACUUCGUGCAAUCCAUUAGUAAAUAAUUAUUAACGAUAAAUAUAAUCAUCUUAUCAAUAUAAUAAUAUUAUCAACAGCAAAUAAUUUUUGUUAUUUAUUGAAUUGUAUUAUUAAAUAUGUGAUCAAAUUCUAAAAUUAUGAAUUAAUAGAUAACUAAGAAUUUGUUGCUCUGCCAUGUGAUCAGGGAACUGUAAAAUUUUAUUGUAAUCUUUUAUCCUGUUCAUUAGUAAAUGUCUACUAUAUGACUAUAUUGUGUCCCAAAAUGGUGAAGAAUUUAUUAAAAUAGUGCAAAAUUGCUAAAAUGAUUUUUAAAUGUAAGCUUCAUUAAAUACUUAAAUUAUCUUAGGAAUUAUUAAUCCCAUGAAUAAAUUGCAUGAUUUUAUAUUUUCUCAUAAUAAAACAUGUUCUUUGAUAUUAAUGCAUUCAUAUGAUGUGAUGUUUCUCAAAUGUUGGCAGUUAUUCAUUAUUUAGGGCUCCUGUCAGCACUUUUUAACACUAUUAUUUUUUUACGUUACUUGCCCUUUGAAGCAAAUAAUCAUUUCAUAUGAUUCUGAUAUCACAGAUUUUGAUCGGCCUAUACUAUUAAUGGCAAGCCUGUAACUAUUAUGCAUGUUAAAUGUGAUAUAUCAUGCCAGAUCUCCUACUGGAGUAGCAUUAAAGUGUGAAAAGGAAAUACAGAUUGAAGUGCUAUCCUUAUCAUCUUACCAUAAUUAAGAAUUAUGAAAUCUGUUUUAAAAUAACUCUCGAAUUGCUUUCAUAUGGGGCAUUAAGAUAAUUAAGCUAAGCUAAGCUAAACUAAACUAAACCAAACCAGAACUACUACAUCGUGUCUGCUAACACUUGGAUCUUAUUUUCAAAGAAUGAAAGGCAGUUCAGAUAGGAUCUCCAGUUUACUUGAUCUGAUCUUGAAAAUAAUUAUUUGUUAUUUUAAUUGUUAGUUCCAGUGAAUUGCAUUGGCAAUUUGUUGCCAACAUAUUUUUUAAAGCUAUCAGAAUUGGCUCGGAUAUUCUAUUGAAAGUAAAAUAAAAAUUGCUUUUCAAAUUCAAAUUGCAAAAUUUUUUUUUCAUUAUAUUUAUUUAUUAUUUGAACAUUUUUUUACCUUAAAAAAAAGAAUUGAAGAAAGGAACUAUUAUUUAUAUGAUAUAGAUUUGAUUUUUCUUAAAAUUCCCCUAAAAUUCAUACUUAAAUAUAAUUUGGAACAACAUGUUUCAUAUUCUUUCUAAUUUGAACUUAAAUUCUGCAGGGAGAAUAAAACUCCUUUGAUAAACUAUUGGCUAUAUAUGGAAAUAUCUUUUUAGAUAUUAGUUUAAACUCAGAAUUAAAUUCGUGUUUCAACUUUGUAGUAUUGUUGUUUUUUUAGUCUAGUUUCUUAUUUAUUUAUCAUAUUAGUAUAGGAAUUAUUUUAUAUUUGUUUUUUAUGUAUGUGAUUAUUUUAGCCUAUCUAUGUAAAUAAAGUGUUAGAUUUUCUUAAUACUUUGGGAAAUUCAUUUAUUUUCACUAAAGUUUUAUAUUGUUAUUUUGUGUUAUUUUUAUAACCACCUGCUUGUUGUGAUUAGUUGGUAUUCAAAGAGUAUUAAUUGUGCUUAAUUUCUAUUAAAUCUUUUAUGCAUAAUUUGAUGAUUAUCUCACAUUUUUAAAUAUCAAAUUAUGGUAGAUAUUAAAGCUGUGUUAUUUUAAUAACCUUGUAUUUGUUCUGUUUAUUAUGUGAAUGAACCUUCCCAGGGAUGUCAUCUCCCAUGACAUCAUGGUGUCAUUAAAACUUAACCAUAAUUGUCCAAAUUAUCAAUCUUCUAAUUUCACACUUUCACAGUACUAAAACUUUUUUUGCAUUUUCUUAUUCUGCAUUAUAAAAUCUUUUUUAAACUUUAAAUGAAAAAAAGAAAAUAUUUGAGGAAAUAAUAAAGACAAUUUGAAAUGCAUUACAACAAUGAAAUAUGUCGAAAAAUAUCCAAAUAAAAAUUGUCAAAAUUCAGAGGGAAAAAAAUAUUGCAUAAUAAUUAAGUUAUCAUUAAAAAAUAUUUUUAAAUUUUAAAAUGGCAUGCAAAAUAUGUUUAUUUAUUAAUAUUUUUGGAAGGUAUUGGAAAAUUCUAGCUUAUUUUUUAAUUAUUUUUUUAAUGGCUCCAAGGUGCAGAUUUCUACUUACCAAAAUUUAUUUUUACCAAAUUUGGUAGCUGCAAGUCAAAUAAUCUAGUCUGUAUAGUGGCAACCAAUUUUCACAUAUAUGUAUGCAUUCACCUUUAUUAUUUUAGAGAUAAAGAUGAUUACUAAUCUAAUUUUUGGAUUUCUGUAAUGGAAAAGUCUUUUGGUGCAAUUACAUCUAUUUUAUUUACUUAUUGUAUUGGUUUAUUUUCUAUUUUCAUUUUAAUUAGGAGAAAAAUAACUUUUUUGAAUGUCAUAUUUAUUGCUUAUUUAUUUCAUCUUUUAUAUUUUAAAAUUUAUUUCAUAUUUAUUUAUUCUACAAGAUAUAUACCUAAAUACAAAUAAAUUAAUACUAAUAAUUAAAUUGCUGAUAUUUCUAAGGGAUAAAUAUUGCAGUUCUUUUUCUUUUUUAAGUUUCUUAUCAGCUAAUUUUAUUUGAAUCAGUUUUAUUUUUGGACAAUUUUGAUUUUUUAGCCUUAAUUUUAAUUAUAUAAUUGAAAUGAAUAUUUAUAUGAAUAUUAGUAAAUGAUCAAGCUCAUAUACUAAAUGUCAUCUUUUUUUUAAUAGGAAGUAUAUAAUAAAUUUCUCAUGACUUGUGAAUCUCUAAUGCAAUUUUACUCAUUCAGCAAUCAAAUUUCUUACCAUUUUGGGACACAGUUUACUUUUUUUAGGGGUUGGGGGCUUGAAAUUUAAUACACAUUUAAAAAUUAUGCUUCCAUGUUAAUUUUUAUAGAAAAUUUUUUAACAUGGAAAUUAUAUAAAAUGCACUAUAUUGUUUAAUUAAGUGCAUUUUAUUUACAAUUUUUAAAAAGACUAUGUUUUUACUUGAUUUGGGGACAUGCAGGCAAAUAUGUAUUUAUAUUAAUUCCCACUAGACAUUCUGUCGUAUACUGGAUUCUUCAGCAUUUCUUUUGUGAUUAUAUAAAGAGCUAUAUAUAUAUAUAUAUGCUGACUUAAGGAAUUUUAAAACAACUUGAUAAAUAUGUAUUUAUUAAAUAUUCUUUUAGUUAUAAAAUUUUUCCGAUAAAGUGAGAGCCUUAAAUUUCAGCCUCCUCUGCUUAAGUCCACAAAUAGAAAAAUAAGAUUUAGGAAUUAGUUUAUUUAAAAGUAUUAGUUAUUUUUUUUUUUUUUUUUUUUUUUUUUUUUUGUAUUAUAACUUACAUGAUUAAAAUUUCAGAUAUGUUUUUUUUUUGUUGUUGUUGUUUUUACUUUGAAGAUGUAGACAAUAAAUAUUGAAUUAUUCUUUUGCUGCUCUUGGGCAGUAAGUAGGCUUUAUUUUAAUUUUUAAUUACCAGAAUCAUUUACAGUUAAUACUGAAAAUAGAAAAAAAAUUGUUUCAUUUAUUCAUUUUUAAAUAGAAUUAUUGAAAAAAAAAAAACUACAAUAUUUUAGACUUGGAAGAUUGCAUACAUAUUGUAACUGAAUUUUUUAAUUAAACUGUUAAUAUUGGGUUUUGAUUUAUUAUUUUGAUUGUUACUUUUUUUCCAUAUGCAUUAUGUAGUACAUGACUGAUCUGAUUUUUUUUUAAAUGUAUUUGGGUUAAAAGUUCUUUCUUCCUUACUAAAUGAAAAAAAUACUUAAUGAAAACAUAUAACAUACUUUCUGUUUACAAAAAUUAAUCAACUUGUAUAAUUUUCUCUUCUCUUUUAAAACUAUAUAUUAGAAUCAUUCUUUUAGCUUCAAUUUUUUUUUUUUUUUUUUUUUUGCAUAAUAUUUAUACAAAUAAUACUUCACAUGUAUAUUUUUAAAUUUAGUGGAAAUUUGAAUAAAAUACCAUUUAAUUUUAAAAAAAUUUCUUAUAAUAGUAAAUGGUUUUAUUCAUUUACCAUGUUUAUAUAAUUAUGUAUAAUAUUUUGAAACUAUUGUAAUAGAGGUUCUUAUUCAAUAAGAACAUGUACUGUAUAAAGUUGAGAUUUAGGAUGGACGUUAUUGAAAUAACUUAAUGUCUUACAUAAAACAUUUUGCUAGUAUUUUACUUUACAUCCAUGUCAUUUUUCUAUGUGGGUUUUGUACAUUUUUUAUACAUGUUUGAUGAAUACCAAGUAUUAUCAAUCAUGUUCUUUUUUAUUUGUUAAGAUUUCGUCCUGUCUAGGAUUUUAUAUUGUGUAUGUUAAUAGUUCUGUACAUAUUUUAAAUGUUAGCAUUCAUAUCUAAGCUUAUUUGUGUCAUGUGACUUAGGAAGAGAUUUGCACAUACUGUUUUGCUUGAAAUGCUAUUGAAUUUUGUCUAUUGAUGAGUUUUAUUUUAGGCAUAAAUCUGACAAAUAGUUUGUCUGCAUUUUCAUUUUUUAUAUAUAAACCUAACUUGCCUUCCAUAUUUCAUUGAAAACUCAUAUGUAAUUAUUUAAAUACAUAAUUUAUUCAUUCGAUUGUAAAUAAAUUUGUAUAAUCAUAUAAAGAUUUCAUCUGGUUAGGCCAUCAUUGAAGGAUUAAAAUUUAAUUGUCUAUUU